AAGUUGCUUUCGGAAACAUGGCUGUGCAAAGCUGGAUAGAUGUCCUAAGAUUAUCAAAGAAAACGGCGUUAAUACAUGACGGAAUAAGGAAGAUCCAUUACCUCUUUCCAGAUGGAAAAGAAAUGGCCGAAGAGUAUGAUCUGAAGACAGAUGAACUCAUUGUAAGAAAGUGGCGCCAUAAAAGCACACUUGGAGGUCAGAGCUCCUGGCAGGUAGAAGUCGGGGAGCCACCUAACUUUGCUGCAUCUUUGGACUCAGAUGGGAUUAAAGAGAGCUUAUCCAAUCCGGUUUUCAUGCGUAAAGACACAAAAAACAGCUUUCAGUGGCGAAUCCGUAACCUUCCCUACCCCAGAGAUGUCUUCAGCGUUUCAGUGGUUCCAUCUGACAGAUGCAUCGUCAUAAAAACCUCAAAUAAAAAAUAUUAUAAGAAGUUUAGUAUUCCUGACCUCGAUCGAAGCCAGCUGCCGCUCGACGGCUCCGCACUCAGCUUCACACAUGCCAACAACACCCUGAUUAUCAGCUAUAAGAAACCCAACGAGAUCUUAACCCUUGAGCAGGAGCUGCUGAAGGAGCUGAAGAAAGUGAAGGGAGCAGAUGAAGGAGACGUUGACUGUAAAACUCAGUGA